AGACAGUUCAUUCUCGUUGUACGAAACCUUACCCAAAGAGAAAGAAAAAUGUGUUCAGAACUUGAGUGCGGAAUUUGUUACCGAAGCUACAACACUGGCCGUCGGUGUCCUCGUGAGUUACAGUGUAAGCACAGCUUUUGUGAGCGCUGUCUGGUGACUCUUUCCCAAUCCUCAGUAUGUGAAGUGGAAUCCACGAAGGAAUGUUCGCCGCAGGACAAGACAAUUGUUUGCCCACUCUGCCGAUACCCGACCCCUGUCUCGGGUAAAGUGAGGGCAGCGCUUCGGGUAGACGAAAGUGUUCUAGAGCGCAUGGUGGUAUCUGGCGUUCUCGAUGAAAGCAUGACAGACGACGAGGAGGAUAGUGAGGGGAAGGAGGAUGACAACGAGACUCCUCAUGAGAACUCAGCCGAGGAAAGGGACUCAUCUUCGGGUUCCAGAGGUGGAAGGUUCCGCCGUUCGCUGAGUCGCGUCUGGGGCAAAUUCACUGGGAAUCAUUCCCAAAGGAGAGCGCAGUGUAUGACUGAUGAGGACCUACGAGACCUCUUCAUGAUGUCAUGCUAUACCAUUUGAUGCGGACUUCAUUGACUGGAAAGUCAUCAGCGUUGCAUUCAGUACGUUUUUACGUUCUGGCACGUUCAGUUGAACGGAUCCGGUGCUGUACUGAACGACCAGUUGAAAAACCGGUUUGGAGAAAGCUGUCAGCGUGGCCACUGCCCUUUUAAAUACGUCACUCAUUGCUUCAAGCCACACCUCGCCACACCCACCAAACGGGAGCCAGCCUACCUCAGUCUUUUCAAUAACGUUUUGGGGAACCGUGUCAGUCGGUACAAACCGUUCCGUAAUUUAGCAAACGUUUGAGCGAACUGAACGCACCUCAGUUGCGCCUGAUUGAUCAGAGGGGGUGUUGCCGACCACGAGCCUACACUACAGUAGCCUAUUUGGAAUGUAGAAGACUGGCGGGUCCAGUUGGAAGUUGGAGCAAGCAGUAAUAUGUAUUCCAUAUAAUAGCUACCUAGGCCUAUGUGUCCAUUUCUUCACACAUGCAUGUAAUAAUUGGUGACCAAACACAUAAUGGUAACAGAAUUGUAAAGGCCUAAAAUAACACCGUUGUAGGCUAUUCUUUGAAGCCAUUGGGCUACUGAAUGAAAUAGUUCUAAAAUGAAAUAGUUCAAAUCUAAAAUUGUAUUUUUGUUGGUGUUUUGAAGUAGCCUGUGUCUUUCCAUUUCCAAAUAUUAGAAUGUGUUGAAUAUUGUUGGUGCUCAGUUCAAGAGAAAACGUUUUAUUUGAAUGUAAUGUAUUUAAUUCACUUUUAUUGAUUGUGUGUGAUAUUUUGCACCUUUAUGUCUUGUUGUAUAACAUGUUAUUGUUUUGUUAAUUUUCAUCUCUCGGCGGGAUGAAUGGCUUGCAGUAGUAACUGAUUCUUGCUUUUUCGCAGAAGAAUAAGUUAAUAUAUAAUACUGUUCUG